AAUUAGCAAAGGAGUUUAUGUUAAGAUGUUCUAACUUGGCAGGUACAAAAUGAAGACAGAUAAACGAGUCAAACGCAUUUCUGCUGCACGAUUACCUACCGUAUGGGGCUCAUUCGUCGUAUAUUGUUAUAAAUCAAUGUCGGAUGGUCUGGAGCAUGUCGCGAUGGUGAAGGGUGACAUAGAAGAUGGGAAGGAUGUGCUUGUUAGGGUGCACUCAGAAUGCUUAACAGGGGAUAUAUUCAAGUCUGCUAGAUGUGAUUGUGGAAACCAAUUAGAACUUGCAAUGCAAAAAAUCGAAGAAGCUGGCAGGGGAGUGGUGGUUUAUCUUAGAGGUCAUGAAGGAAGGGGUAUAGGUUUAGGUUACAAGCUUCGUGCUUAUAAUCUUCAAGAUGAUGGUCUUGAUACCGUUCAAGCCAACGUGGAGCUUGGUUUGCCCGUCGAUUCUAGGGGUUACAGCGUUGGAGCACAGAUUUUGAAGGAUUUGGGAGUUAGAACAAUGAAAUUGAUGACAAACAAUCCGGCAAAAUGCGUUGGGCUUAAGGGAUUUGGUAUAGAAAUUACAAACCGGGUUCCUGUUCUGACUCCAAUCACAAAGGACAAUAAGCGAUAUCUCGAGACGAAAGGAGCCAAGAUGGGUCAUGUUUAUGGCGCAGAGACUGAAGAUGAAUACUCUUCCUGAUCACCUAAUUUUGGGUGCCGUACUUUUGAACUUUAAUUUUUAGCAUCAAUAUCAGUUUCGUCUGUAGUAUGUGGUGGUCAUGUUUUCUUUAUCUUUGGACUUAUUUGAAAAUAUCUCAUGCGCAAUGUUAUUACUUUCGAUUUCAAUUUCAACAAAG